AUGGCUCUCAUUGCUCUCACUGACAAGGAUCCAUUGGGUCAAUGGGGUGGUCGUAUUGUCAAGGAGAAGUUAGCGUGUGACUCUGUACACCUCUCUCGCUGUUACAUCGACCAUUUCCGAGGAGCAAUCAAUCCCAAUGCUAUCAAUAUGCACAAACCUGGCGCCAAGAAGAUUCACACCCGUGGAUUGUUCUCGUCGGGGCCUAACAAGGAAUGGUGCAUUGAUGGACACAAGAAGAUCUUGAAAACCAUGGGAAUUUCGAUCUAUGGGAUCAUUGACAAGUUCUCGUGCUGCAAACUUCUUCUUCAAGCACUUCCGAAUUCAUGGGCUGCUGAGGUUCCACCAAUUCUGUACCUACACCUGGUAUCCCGCUUCAAACAACCACUGACAAAGGCAGUGAAACCAGUGAACUUGCAGCUCUCCAGACUGCGUUACGGUUACUCUGGUAACGGUCUCUAG